AUGUGGAACGUGACAGAGAGACUCAUGUUUUCAGAGCACGAAAAUAGCAGUUUCAAUGCUCUUAAUCCCGAAAUUAACAAAAUUCUGAAAUUCUUUACCGGCUUCGUCAAUGAUCUGUCACUGCCCACGGAUAAUGACACCGUCAUCUCCCAAUUCUCCAAAGAUGUUGUUCAUUUAACACGGAAGCUCCCGUACCUCAACAGACACGGAAGCUCCCGUACCUCAACAGACACGGAAGCUGCCGUACCUCAACAAGACACGGAAGCUGCCGUACCUCAACAAGACACGGAAGCUGCCGUGCCUCAACAAGACACGGAAGCUCCCGUACCUCAACAAUACACGGAAGCCGCCAUACCUCAACAAGACACGGAAGCUCCCGUACCUCAACAGACACGGAAGCUCCCGUACCUCAACAAGACACGGAAGCUGCCGUGCCUCAACAAGACACGGAAGCUGCCGUGCCUCAACAAUACACGGAAGCCGCCAUACCUCAACAAGACACGGAAGCUCCCGUACCUCAACAGACACGGAAGCUGCCGUACCUCAACAGACACGGAAGGUGCCGUGCCUCAACAGACACGGAAGCUGCCGUACCUCAACAAGACACGGAAGCUGCCGUACCUCAACAAGACACGGAAGCUGCCGUGCCUCAACAAGACACGGAAGCUGCCGUACCUCAACAGACACGGAAGCUGCCGUACCUCAACAGACACGGAAGCUGCCGUACCUCAACAGACACGGAAGCUGCCAUACCUCAACAAGACACGGAAGCUGCCGUACCUCAACAAUACACGGAAGCUGCCGUACCUCAACAAUACACGGAAGCUGCCGUACCUCAAUUGA